AUGACCAUGAACAGUCUCCCCUUAGUGCGUCUUCCAGAGCCCUGGAAGACUACCUAUGAGCUGGACGUCACUUCUACUGAGCACUCUGUACGCCGAUUCCAGCUGCGCAGAGCUCCCCGUGCCGACGAUGGUGUGCCACCCCCGAAGCCACUUCACCAUGCCUCGUUGAGUUUUACAGACCUGGCCCAGCCUGAUCCUUCUUCCACGCCUGGUGAUGGAAAUAACUCUCUCUGGGCUCGCGCCCAACGAAGUCCCGUCACGCAUAUCACAUGGUCCGGCUCAGAAACACCCACUGUGGGCCAGAUUUGGAAUAUAAUCUAUGCAAUUGAGACAUUGCACAGCGAGUUUGAGAUAUUUCGUGCUGUGCUUUCCGGCGAAGGCAGUGAGCUACUCUCAUGUGAGCUGCGAAGCGUUGGUCUGGCCAUCGCACACCCUGGGCCUUCUGCGCCACCGGGGAAGCCCAUCCCGGUUUCCACAAACCACAUUGGCCAGCUAGUCUUUUCCCGCAGCAACUUCUGGCAAGGAGCUGGGUCGCCCUUUGGCACCCGUCCUGCAUGGGUAUCGGACCCGGGAGUUUACAGCUUCAUGCGCAAACCCUUGAACGAGUACCCUACCCGUCCUCGCCAAUACACUGUUACCACCGGAUUUCCUGAGCGCCGCGUUCAUGCCCACCACCCUGUGCGUUCACCAAAGCCGGCCCCGGGAUCCCGUAUAUACAGUCGUUAUAUCCCACACCUGAACGAAUUCUUUUCGGUCUUUGCACUGGACUACAGAAAUGAUGAGCAUCUCCGGCUCUUCAACACUUGGCAAAAUGACCCCCGGGUAGCGCAAGGUUGGAAUGAAACUGGAACUUUGGACCAGCAUCGCCAAUAUCUGAAGACCAUUCAGGAGGACCCGCAUCAAAUUGCCGUGCUUGCCAAAUUCAAUGAUACCUUCUUCUCCUACCACGAGCUUUACUGGACAAAGGAGGACCACCUGGGCGCAUACUACCAGGCAGGUGAUUGGGACCGAGGCCGCCACUCUCUUGUCGGUAACGAAAGGUUCCGUGGCGCACACCGCACAAUGGUGUGGUGGUCUAGUUUGAUGCACUACAUUUUUCUAGACGAGCCCCGAACCGACUUUGUCACCGGGGAGCCGAAAUACUCCAACCUAGCCCCCCUGACGUACGACCACGCCACAGGAAUGAACCUGGACAAAUUGGUGGAUCUCCCUCACAAGCGCUCUGCGCUAAUUCUUGGAAGUCGGGAAAAGUUCUUCCAUGUAGCACCCCUGCGGUUUGAUGGGUCCGACAUGUUGGACCGUAACCCGUUCCGUUCUUUGAAGCUAUGA